AUGGGCAAGGCCCUCAGAGAAUCACUGCCUCCACGUCCACCGAAACCUGCACCCUUUGAUUACGUUAAUAAAAACUAUGGUUGGUUACGUAGUCUGGUUGACCGUACCACUCACAGAUUCGAUGAAAACACUAAAGUCGUAGUUGUGGAGGGACCAGUAGCCGCUGGUAAGACGGAUUUCGCUAAGAACCUCGCCGAUGAUCUUGGUAUGAAGCAUUUUCCUGAAGCGAACAUGGACAUUCAUUAUGUUCGCCCCAACGGCAUCGACAUCCGUAUAUUUGACAAAGACAUCCCAGAAGACACUAGAACUUUUGAUCAUAUUAAUUUUAACCUCUCACCAAACAACCGUCUGGCUGGAAACUUCCAGAUUAUGAUGUAUAUUGCAAGGUAUCAUCAAUAUAUUGAUGCUAUUGCUCAUCUUUUGAAUACUGGCCAGGGAGUAGUUCUUGAAAGGUCACCAUACUCUGACUUCGUGUUCCUGGAAGCAAUGAUAUCCCAGGAUUAUAUAAGCAAGGGAAUUAAAUCGGUUUACUAUGAACUGAAAGCUAACACUAUUGAAGAGUUGAUGAGACCUCAUUUGGUCAUCUACUUAGAUGUGCCUGUGGAUAAGGUGCAAGAAGCCAUCAAGCGCCGUGGCCUUAAACAUGAGUUGGAAGGCAAAGCCCUAACCAAACCUUUCCUUAAUGAAAUGGAACGGCAAUACAAGAACAAAUAUCUCCGAGAUAUUUCUACUCAUGCUGAAUUAUUGGUUUAUGACUGGACUGGUGGUGGUGAUGUAGAAAUUGUAGUAGAAGAUAUAGAGCGUCUCGACUUUGACAAGUAUACAGAACGUGAAGAGCCUAAAAUGAAGGACUGGAGGCUUCCCCGAGAAAUUGAAUGGGCUGAUAAGCGCAUGGUCUUCACAAAUUAUAAGAGCUAUCUGAUGAACCUCUUCAACAUCCCUCGGUUCGAUGUUCCUGAAUUGAUCACAGAUGCUGAUGAGGGUUAUGCUAGAGACAAGGUUAUUUAUGACCACCCAGCCUUUCAAUAUAUCGAGGGCUACCAGGAUGAAGGCGGUCAGCUCCUGAAAAACAAACUGCCCAAAUACACUGAGCAUAUU